GUGGGGGGGGGGGGGGGGGGGGGGGCGGACGCGAGGGGGGGCGGGGAGCCGCGUCGGCGUCGUCGGGCGCGGGCGAUUCGAGGCCGACGCAUCCGCGCGUGCGCGCGCCGCGGAGUGUCCGCGUUAGAGGGGAGUGACGCGUGCGCGUUCACGUGCGCCCUGGAGAGCGGUAAGAAACGAAGGGAGGCUUGGAGGGGGGUGGGGGUGGAGGCGAGCCGGAGGAGGGGUGGGGGGGCGGCGCCUGCGCAGUGCGCCGCGGAGCUGUGUGUAUGUGAGAGUCUGACGGGUUCAAAAUGGCGGCGGCUGCUUCAGCGGCUCCUCCUGUGUGAGGGAAACAACACCCCUCCCCGGCGGCAGCGGCGGCGGCGGCGGAGGCUGCGGCUCGCAGAGCACCUUCCCAGCGGCUGGGCCUGUCGCCGCUCCGUCUAUCCUGGGCAGGGGGCGCUCCGGGAGGAGGGGCAACGCCAGGGGGCCCAUCCCCCGGAGUCCCUCCUCUGCGACUGGGGAGUAGCCGGGGGCUCGUCCCGCAGCGCGGAGCCCCGGCUGAGGGGGAGACGCGAGGGGAGCCCGGGCCCCCAGCCCGGCGCGCCGCGCCGCUCCCGCCCUCUCCGCCCCCCGGGGCCGGGGCCCGCGUUCCGGGGGGCCGGGGCGGCGCGGGGAACCUCGGGCCGGCCGGUCUCAGCUGAUCGGCCGCCGCUCCUGGGCUCCGGAGGCGGCCGGGCGGCUGCUUGCCUAGGGCACGGCGAAGAGGGCGCUCCCCGCGGCCGGGGGCUGGCUCGGGGCUCGGGCUCGGGCUCGGGCUGCUGACCGCUGGCCCGGGGGAGGCGGGGGCGCCCCGGGCUCGGCGCCGAGGGGUCGCGCUCCCCUCUCCUGACGCCUCCGACUGCUGGGCUCCGAAGCCUGAAGAGGAGGUUUGAUUCAGCAACUGUUUCCUCUUUUCCGGGUCGCCCUGACCCUCUCUGGAUAGUGGGUUGAUCCACGGAAAAAACCGAAGACGACGUUUGGGAUUUAAUUUUUCCUCUCAGUUUUUGGAAUCUUUUACUUCUCACUUGGACAAGAACUCACGAGCAAAAUCCCCGAGUUGUACACAUCUUGGUUGGGGUGGAGUGUUGGUUUGGGAAUGAAAAGAUCCAGGGAGUCUGGGAAGGAAGGCGACGAUUGUGUGCGGCUUUGCUAGAGGGUGUUGCAAUCUGGUUCCUAAGGAGGAAGAGGAAGGCAGCCCUGGAGUGGUUUCUUUACAGUAAUUUCAACAGAAGAGUGAGAGAUGGAACCCGAAGAAGAAAGGAUUCGUUACAGCCAGAGAUUGGUUCUUGGGGGUUUUCUCUAUCUGUGAGUACUUGGUAAAAACUUAAACCAUAAAGAUAGAAGGCAGCAGAUAGUGACCAAGCGAGUGGUUUUGGCAGAUACAGUGGUGAAGGCCUCCUUCAGGUAGGUAGAGAGGAGGAGGGAAGAGGGUGGCCUUACAGGAGGUAAAGACAGCAUAAGCUUUACUAUGGAGUGGGACACUUAUUAGGCCUAUCCUGAGGAUGCUCAUUAGAUUCGUAGGACUAAAGUAGAUUUGUUUUGGGAGGCACUGUUCAUAAUGUUGGGAACAUACUUUAAACAAUUACGAAGGCCAGGUAUGGACCAUAGAGAGCCAUUGGGAGUUGUGGUUUGUUUUUAAUCAAAUAGCAAUUUGAUCAAAGUGGUGUUUUAGGAGUAAUAUUUUUGCAGUUUCAGGUCUGGGAUGUGUCCAAAAGAAUAUUGAAAUAAGUUAUCUCUUAAGGUGAUAGGUAUCUGAGCUCCAGGGCAGUGGUUCUCCAAGUGUGGUUCCCUCACCAGCAGCAUCAGCAUUAUCUGGGUAUCUGGGAACAUGUUAGAAAUGCAAAUUUGGGGGACCCUGCUCUGUAUUUACUGUAUUAGAAACCCUGGGUUGGGGCCCAGCAAUCUGUGCUUUAACAGGCCAGGUGAUUCUGAUACAUGCAGAAGUUUGAGAACCACUGUUCUGGGGAAUAGUUAAUAGAAAUAGAAAGGGAGGAAAAAUGAAGGACUCAAAAAACUUGGUGACUGAUGGCUAGCAGCAUGUUAUGAUGGAAAAAAGUGCUUGAUUGGGGAUCACAAGUGCUGAGUUUCAGUAUCAUCUUAAUCACCUGCUGUUUUGACAAGAGAACUGACCUGUCAUAGAGGGAAUUGUACUUAGGGAUUUCUGAGGAUUUGGGAGGCGAAUGAAGAAUUAAGGUGGACCCUGGGAUUAAGUCUGGGUUAUUAGAAAGAUCAGGAAGGAGUUUUAAAUUUUUUUUUAUGUUUAUUCAUUUUUGAAAGACAGAGAGAGACAGAGCACAAGCAGGGGUGGGGUGGUAAGAAAGGGGGACACAGAAUCUAAAGCAGGCUCCAGGCUCUGAGCUGUCAGCACCAGGGCCCGACGUGGGGCUUGAACUCAUGAACCGUGAGAUCAUGACCUGAGCCGAAGUCAGACGCUCAACCAAUUGAGCCACCCAGGCGCCCCUUUAAAUUUUUUUUAAUGUGUAUUUAUUUUUGAGACAGAGACAGAGCAUGAGUGGGGGAGGGUCAGAGAGAGAGGGAGACACAGAAUCUGAAGGAGGCUCCAGGCUCUGAGCUGUCAGCACAGAGCCAGACGCGGGGCUCGAACUCACAGACCGUGAGAUCUUGACCUGAGCCGAAGUCGGAAGCUCAACCGACUGAGCCACCCAGGUGCCCCAAAGGAAGGAGUUUUGAAAGGGAGAGGAGAGAAUAUUGGGUAGAUGUUUUAGAAAAUUGGAACAGAUUACUUAAAGCAAGGGUUCUCUCGACUGGGUGUGAGUUUGCCUCUUUGGGAUAUUUGGCAAUAUCAGGAGACAUUUUUUUUUAAUGUUUAUUUAUUUUUGAGAGAGACAGAGUGUGGGCAGGGGAGGGUCAGAGAGAGAGGGGGACACAGAAUCUGAAGCAGGCUCUAGGCUCCGAGGAGGUGUCAGCACAGAGCCUGACAUGGGGCUUGAACUCAUGAACUGUGAGAUCAUGACCUGAGCUGAAGUUGGAUGCUUAACCAACUGAGCCACCCAGGUGCCCCUGGAGACAUUUUUGACUGUCAGAUUAGGGAAGUACUACUGGUAUUCUAGUGAGUAGAGGCCAAGGAUGCUGUUAAAAUAUCCUAAAUGCACAGCUCAACCCCCCACAGAGGAGGGUUAUCUAGUCCAGAAUGUCAACAGUGUGAGAUUGAAAACCCUGAUUUAAAGAGAAAUAUCCAGUAGAUAGGUUCUAUGUUUCCAUCCUGAUUUUCUGCUGUUAAUCUUAAGAGUUUUAAGCCUAACACAGAACAUUUCAAAAGCCUUCUCAAACUGCGUUUCCCUAGGGCUUUGCCCAAAGGGUUUUGGGCAUUGUAUGAAGGGUUUUGUUGUCCAUUGUCAAAAACUAAAUGGUUAUGGAAAAUCCUCAACCCAGGUGCCAAUUUAAUACUCCUUUUAAUUUAUCUUGAAAUCAGCUUAUUUGGAUAACCAAAGUAAGUAAGUCUGCACUGUCUUGAGAUCAAUAAUUAAGUUACAACAAGAAAUUUCCUUUUGAUAUACUCUUUGAAGGAUAGAAAAAUGAGAUAAAAGCUGUGGUACUGAUGUGAGCAAAUAUUGAAAUAUAAUGAAUUGCCCUGUAGCUCAAUACCCUAUGACCAUUCUUAAGAAACAACUUCAUGAGCUGGUUGUGGCCCUCAGUGUGAAUUCAGGGUAGCCCCAACCUUAAUCCAUCUCUUGAUGUCCAUGGAUCAUGGAAGCUAGGAACUCUUUCUUGUCAGGGCAGUAAUCUGGCCAACACACUCUUGUUUCUGACAGUGACUUCAAGAGAAUGUAGAUUCAUAAAUACAGUGAUCACUGUAUAGUACUUUCAUAGUUUCCAAAGUACUUCUCUGUUUCUUGUGUCUUUUGAUCAUUCAUCAUAAUCCAGGGGGAGGGGGUUGCCAGAACUUGAGGAUGGUGCUACCAUGUUGCACAAUUCCCGAAGGUGCCAUUCAGAUAUCUGAAUCUAUCUGAAAGGUGCCCUUGGAGUUGUGUGGUGAACAAAAAAAAAAUGGUGAGCCUUUUUGAGUGGAUAAGAUAAAGGAAAAGUCACCCUGUGUAUUUAAAACAAGGUAGGAAAAAGUCCGAUCUGAUGGAUAAUAGUACACAUUAAUUGAGUGCAUACUUUGUGCUUGGUGCUGCACUUUACACAUAUAACUGACUUAAUUGUCAGCAACCCUUUGAGAUAGGUUCUGUGAUUCCCAUUUUCUGGUUUGGAAACUGAGGCAAGUACAAUUAAGUAACUUGUCUGAGGUUAGGUUAUCCAGCCAACAAGAGUAAGAGUCAGGAUCCAAAGUGGGCAGUCUGGCUACCAAGCCUUCUAAACCGUACUGCCUCUUUUUCUACUUUGUUGAAGGACAGUUUGUAUAUGUUUUGUUGCUGAACUUUGGGUGUUCCCCAGGUAAUCUUUUCUCAUUCAAGAGAUUCAUUCGCAUAAAUGUUUGUUCAGUGCUUUCACUGUGCCAGCUACUUGGGCCUGACUUUUUAGAACUUCCAAAUACUGUGCUUUCAAAUAGUGCUGAUUGCUUUGAAGAAAUUAAGAAGUUGAUGAAAUACAGUUGAGCCCGGGACAACAUGGGGGCUAGGGGCAGUGACCCUCUGCACAGUUGAAAAUCCAUGUGUAACUUGUGACUCCCCAAACACUUAAGUCGUAAUAGCCUAUUUUGACUGGAAGCCUUCCUGCAACAUAAAGAGUCAAUUAACAUAAGUUUUGUAUGUUAUAUAUAUGUUGUAUUCUCUUUUUAAAUGUUUAUUUUGAGAGACAGUGUGCACACGCAUGCAUGUGAAUAUGAGCAGGAGUGGGGGCAGAGAGAGAGAAUCCCAAGCAGACUCCAUGCUAUCAGUGCAGACCCUGAUGCAGGGCUUGAUCCCACGAACUGUGAGCUCAUGACCUAAGCUGAAAUUAAGACGCUCAACCAACUGAACCAACCACCCAGGCACCCCUGUUGUAUUCUUAUGAUAAAGUAAGUUAGAGAAAAUGUAAAGAAAAUCAUAAGGAAGAGAAAAUACAUCUACAAUACUGUGCUGUGUUGAUCAGAAAAAAUCUGCAUGUAGGUGAACCCAUGCAGUUCAAACCCAUGUCGUUCAAGGGUCAUCUGUACUUAUUAGGGUAAGGAUUGCUCCUUGAGAUUAGAUGAUCACUAAAGGCUCCCUGAGAAGAUGGCAUUUUGUGACUGAGACCUGAAGGAUGUGUGGAGUCAUUCUUGUGAAGUUCAAGGGCUUAGGGGACCAAAUCUGUGUCAAAAGAGCUCUGGGUAGAGGGACCAGCUAAUGUAAAAUCCUGUGGUAUGAAUGAGAAAAUAUUAUAACUUUGUGUCAGACACCAAACAAAGACACUGGGAUACAGUGAUGAGCAAGACAGGCAUGGUCCUUUUGUCAUGAAGCUUACAGUCCGGUGGGGAAGUCAGUAAUUAAAUAUUUCUGCUAGUAAUGUCAAUUAUAGUUACGCAAAGGACUACAAAGGUAAAUAUAGGAUGCAGUGAGAAUAUAUUAUAAGGUGACCUAAUCUAAACUUCAGGAGUGGGAGGAGGCAUAGAGAACACUUUUCCCGAGAAAGCCUUUAAAACUGAGACCUGGGGGCUCCUGGAUGGCUCAGUUGGGCGUAAGCGCCCAACUUCAGUUCAGGUCAUGAUCUCGCGGUUCAAGGGUUCGAGCCCUGUGUUGGGCUCUCCACUGUCAGCAUGGAACCGGCUUUGGAUCCUUGGUCUCCCUCUUUCUCUGCCCCUACCUCCCCCCACUGCCCAAAAGUAAGUAAACUUAAAAAAAAAAAAAGUAAAACUGAGACCAGAAGGGUAAGAGGUAACCAGUCAAAAAGGAAGCCAUUAGCAUAUGCAGAAACCCUGAGAUUGGAAGGAAUCUGAUGUGUUUGAAGAACCUACCAACCAAGCAAGACCAAAAAGGCUAGUGUAACUGCAAAGAAGUAGAUGGAGGAGAGAGUUAAAAUCUUGACAAGAUAGUCAGGGGUCAGGUCAAGUAGGGCUUUAUCUUGAAGAUGGUGGGAAGGCAGAAGUUUAUCAGAGGACUAAUAUGGGUGGACUGAUAAACAGCUGCAGGAUAGGGAAGGGAUCAGGGAGGGAGGGAGAAUGGAUUUGAUGACGCCAAGUAGGAGGCUACUACAGUGGUUGAGGUAAGACGGCAAUAUAGUUGCGAAUGUGGGCAGUGGAAUUCGGGAGGUUAUGGAAUAUUUAGAAAAUAGAAUCAUAGGACUUUGGUUCCUUGGAUACAUGGGAGGGUGAGUUUAAGGGGGUACAUGUAAACAUGCCUCUCAAGGUUUUCUCAUGUGAAUGGCUUGUAGUGUAGUCCUUUUAUCAAGAUAGGGCACACUGAAAGAAGGGCAGGGCUGGAGAUAGAAGGGAAGAACGUAAGCUCAGUUUUGAGUAAGUUUGGAUAGAUUGAAUGUGAGAUACCUAUGAGACAUCUGGUAGAACUGUUGAGUAGGUAACUGGUUCUGGGCCACAGGAAGGGUUUGUUGUGUCUCGUUGGCAUAGGUAUGGUCAAUGAAGUUGGGUAGACGUGGAGUAAGCUUACAAAGGUAUUGCGGGGGGUAGGGGUGUGCAGAAAAGUAUGAGGAAAAUCAAAAGAGACUGUUAUCUUGGAAGACAGGAAACUGUGGUACUGUUUAUCAAGCACCGUGUUAAGCAUUUGUGUAUUUUUACUCACUUAAUGCUCAUAACUAUGAAGAAGGUGCUUUUAUUUCAAUUUUAUAGAUCGGGAAAAUGACAGAAGAAGGGGCUACAUAAACAACAUUUCAUACUGAGAAUGUAAAAAAAGAGGAGGGCAGUGGUCAGGUGAGGUGGAUGCUACCCAGAGGCUGAGAUUUUCAUUGGAUUUGGCAACAUAGAGGUUAAUGGUGACUAAACAGGGGUUUCAGUGGCAUUUGGGAGAACACAUCAGAUAAAUGUUACAUUAAACAUCAUGAAAGAAGAGACAUUCAGAGACAUUGGCUGUGAAGAGAGAAGGGGAGCAGGUUGUAGCUACAAGUUAAAGUGUAGGAUCCAGAGAAGGCUCUCUUAGGUUUUUGUGUGUUAUAUUUUAAGAUGGAAGAGACCACUGCUUUUUUUUUUUUUAAUGGUGUUAUCAACUAUUACUCCUUUGUCUGUUAUCCCUCAUGUUUAAUCAGUAGCUAAGACCCGAUGAAUUACUAGUAUUCAUUGUUAGAUAGUUCCCACUGCCAUUUAAAUUAAAAAAAAAUUUUUUUUUAAUUUGUUUUAAUGUUUAUUUAUUUUUGAGACAAUGUGAGAGACAGAGUGCAAGCAGCAGAGGGACAGACAGAGGGAGACACAGAAUCUGAAGCAGGCUCCAGGCUCCGAGCCAUGAGCACAGAGCCCAACGCGGGGCCUGAACUCACGAACCAUGAGAUCAUGACCUGAGCCGAAGUCAGACGCUUAACCGACUGAGCCACUCAGGAACCCCUAAAUUAAAAAAUUUUUAAUUUUAUUUACUAUUUAUUUUUGAAGUAGAUUUCACGCCCAAUGUAGAGCUUGAAUUCAUGACUCUAAGGUUAAGAGUCAGAUGCUCUACUGACUGAGCCAGCCAGCCAGCCAGGUGUCCCUCCGUCAUUUCUUAAUGUUUAUGCUCCAAGGUUCUGAUCGUGUUGUUCCUAUUCUCUGUAGCUUUCCCAUUCUGUAGUCACUGGUGGUAUGGGAGGGACACUAGGCUUUGGUUCAUGUGACCUGGCUUUGAAUUUCAGCUUAUUAAACUUACCUUUUUUUAACUUCAUUUCUUUAUUAUUAUUUUUAUUUUUUAUUAAGUAAACUCUACCCCCCAUGUGAGGCUUGAACUCAAUGAUCCUAUGAUCAAGAGUUGUAUGCUCUACGACUGAGCCAGCCAAGCACCCCUGGGAACUUUAAUUUUUCAUGUGUGGAAUUAGUGAAAAUAAAACUUACUUUUUGGAAAUUGUUUAUAAGUGCUUGGUUAACUUAAGCGUUUGCCAUUGCAGGCACAAACUCCUUAGCCUGAUAUUCAGGCCCUAAUUGAUUACUAUAGUCUUAUUAGCUACUCUUAACUUAUAUAUGUUCCAGCCAAACCAAGCUACCUUCUUGUUUUUUUCCACACACUUGUGCUAUUUUGUCUCCCUGUCUCUACCCUAGUUCUCAUUUUUUUUUUUUUAAAGGUAAAGUUUAUCCUUUUUCUCUUUCUUUCUGUCUGUCUUUCUUUCUUUCUAGAAUCCUAAGCAGGCUCCAUGCUCAGCAUGGAACCCAAUGCAGGACUCAGUCUCGACCCUGAAAUCACGCCUGAGUUGAAAUCAGGAGUCAGAUACUUAACCGAUGGAGCCACCCAGGUGCCCCUUUAGUUCUCAUCUUCUAAAGCUCAUUUGUGAUACUGCUUCCUUAGUCCUGUGUGUAGAAGGAAACCUCUUUCUCGAAUCCUCAUAAUUUUUUCCGUAUCUCUCAUGAUGUCUAACUGCGUACAAGAUAGAAAUUUUUUUAUGUUUACUUACUUUUGAGAGAGAGACAGAGACAGCACAAGUUGGAGAGGGGCAGAGAGAGAGGGAGACAUAGAAUCUGAAGCAGGCUCUAGGUUCUGAGCUGUCAGCACAGAGCCCAACACGGGGCUCGAACCCACAAACUGUGAGAUGAUGACCUGAGCUGGAGUUGGUAGCUCAACCAACUGAGCCACCCAGGCGCCCCCAAGGUAGAAAAUUUAAUUAUGUCUAUAUUGUAUGCUCCAUGAGGACAGGGCAUGGUUUCCCUGGCAUAUACAUAGCAUAGUACUGUUUACAUCAUUAAGACUCAUAUUGCUGGUUGGUUAACUUUUUAUGAAGACAAAGCAUAAUGUAAUAAAAUUAAUCUAUUCCAUUCUGUGGUUGAGUGCUCACAGUUAUGAGGAGGGUGAUGUUUAGAACAGAAUCAAAGAGAAGGGAGACAAGGAACAAGAAUUUGCCAUGUCUGAUUGCUUCACUUGUUAUGGUCACUGGAUAGAGAAAGAAGGAACACACUACUCCUUUCUUAAGACCAUCUGGUUACCCUUGCUCUUAUACUGUGUUCACCAGGCUAUUUUCAUAAUUAGUAAAGUUCCCCUGUUUGUUGAUAUUGGGAAAUGGGUUUCCUAGAUAAUGGGCAUGAGUAUUCAUAGCCAUUGCCAGGCAGUGUGAAGAAGCUAAUUGACAGUCUUUUUGUCUUGUAGAGUUGAGUAGCAGCCUACCAGUAUCCCUCCUUUGAACUUUGAAAGGAGACACAGUGUUCACUUAACAGUAAUAGUGUCUACAAACAUUCUUAUGCACAAAGGUUUGAACAUGUUGUAUAGAAUGCCAAGGUACCAUCCUUCAGACCCUUUUUGUAGGGAAGCAUUUCUUUGACUAGAUCUUCCUGUUAUACAUUCUCAUAAAAUAUCUCUUAUGCAUAACACUUAUCAAAAUUGCAUCUUUAUGUUUACUUGAAUUAUUGUUUGUUUCCCUUUCAGAUUGCAAGCCUCAUUAAAGGCUACUACCAUGCCUUUUCUCACUGUUUUAUCCCCAUACUUAGUACAGUGUUUGGUCCACAGUAGGUGCUUGAUAGAUUUUUUUUUUUUUUUCUGUGAAUGUGCAUCUCUAAAAUGCUCUCCCUCCCACCCCAUUCUGUCCUCCUGGUACGCUCCUAAUUACCCUCCAAAGGCCCCAGAUAGUCUUCUCUUGAGUUCUCCUCAGUUACAUUCCUGAGGCACAUUACAUGCAUUUCUGUUGUGGGACCAGUCACUUUGGGUUGUAAUUAUUUGACAGUUGAGUCUCUUUUCAUCCAGCUAGAGUAGACUUCUUUAAGGCAAGGAUCAUGUCUUAUAUAAGUGUUCAGAAAAAUGUCUGUUGAAUUGGACAAAAUUGCACUUCCUAAAGAUACAUGAAAUAUUUAUAACAUAAUAGCUGAACCCUAACAAUGGAAAGAACCUUAGAUUGGUAAUCAGGAAGACUGUGGUAGUUAUUCAGGCUUUAUGUUAUUCAUCUGCGAGGUCUUUCUCAGUUCUAAUUGUUUAAACUAGUUGUUUUCAAAGUGCUCCUGACCACAUCAUCUGGGAGCUUGUUAGAAAUACAUUCUCAGGUCCUACCCCAAACUUACUGAAUCAGACACUCUGGGGUCAAUAAGCCCACCAGGUGAUUCUGGGAGAUAAUAAAGUUUGAGAACCAGUGGAAUUAUUUUAGUUUGUUUUCUGCGUGUUUAAAAAAAAAAAUUAUAGUUAGUUACUGUAAUUUAAGCUUCAUAGCUUAAAGUUAUUUAAAAGAAAUUUUUUUAAUGCUCACUUAUUUUUGAGAAAGCGACAGAACACGAAUGGGGGAGGGGCAAAGGGAGAAGGAGACACAGAAUCUGAAGCAGGCUCCAGGCUCUGAGCUGUCAGCACAGAGCCGGAUGCAGGGCUUAAGCCCACAAACUCUGAGGUCAUGACCUGACCCGAAGUCAGACGCUCAACCAACUGAGCCACCCAGGUGCCCCUUAAAGUUAUUUUUUUAAAAAUAAGUUUAAAAAAAAGUUUUAACUUUUCUCAGGGUGCCUGGGUGGCUCAGUCGGUUGAGCAUCCAACUUUGGCUCAGGUCAUGAUCUCAUAGCUGAUGAGUUCGAGCCCCGCAUCAGGCUCUGUGCUGACAACUCGGAGCCUGGAGCCUGCUUCGGAUUCUGUCUCUGCCUCUCAAUGCACCUUCCCUGCUCAUGAUCUCUCUCUCUCUCUUUCUCUUUCUCUCUCAAAAAUAAACAUUAAAAAUUUUUUAAAGAAAAAAAGCAAAAACACUUUUCUUCAUAUGUUGAAUUUUGGACAUUUUUCUAAGCUACUGAUCAUAGCUGUAUAGCCAGAGUGUCUUUGAAUGAGAAGCAGUCAGUUCAGAAGUAUUUGAAGACUGCUGCUUAAUGCUGCUAGCAAAAGCGAAAUGUGUGUGUGUGUGUGUGUAUUUAUAUCUUUAUAUAUGCACCUAGCACACACGCAUGGCUUUCUGUCAGUGGAAACUUCUCCAUGAUUGGUUAAAGGAAGGAAAGAUAAAGUACAGGCCUUAAUUGGGCAGACUUGAAUGAAUGGUAUAGCAGAAUAAGACAUAUCAAAAAGUAGAGGUUGCUUUUUUGCAUAGCAGGUGUACAUGCUCAUUCACUUUCUAUACCAAGGAGCUUAUUUUAUUUAUUUUAAUUCUAGUAUAGUUAACAGUGUUAAAUUAGUUUCAGGUGUACAAUAUAGUGAUUACCAAGGUGCUUUCUUAGCAAUAAAUGUCUCCCUCAGUGUUACCUGCGACAGGUUGUUGUGGACUGAAAAGUGCUUAUUGUUGGUAUUCAUUGACUUCCUGUAGAGGGAGUUGCACACUUUACUGAUAGAAACCAUGUAAUAGUAUAUCUCAGAUGUAAAUUUUGUGCUUGGCAUCAUGCUAAGUGCUUCAUAUGUGGCCCACUUCCACCAUUGUUUUGGCUGAAUACCUUGAGUUUAAAUUUAUUCUCUGUUAAAUAAAGGGAAUUUUUUAGAAAUGGAAUUCCUAAAAAGAACUCCUUUUAAGAUACUGUGUUGCUGUCUGGUUGCAUGCUUUCAGGAUUUAGUAAACAGUAUCGUCCCGUUUUCUUUUUGUACCUUUAGUUAUAAAACAUCUCAGACUUUCUAAAUUGAAGAAGCCUAUUUAGUCUUUCCUUACAUGGAAGUUGCUUUUUUUUCUUUAAUUAUUAUAAUUGCCUUUCUCCACAUCUUUUCCUACCUGUUAACUAUUUUUUAGUGUGGUUAUUAAAACUACAGGAAUUAUAGGUUCAGAAGUUUUGUUCUUUUUGGCUUUGUGCUCAUUUAUUUAACAAACAUUGUCAGGCAUACUGUUGGUGCUUAAUGAAUGUACUGCGUAUAUAGAAAUGAAUAUCUUGUAACCUCUCCUCAUAGUCUGAUAAGAGCCAUAUAAACAAAUAAUUAUGCUAUACUGUGAUAAAUGAAAUUUAGGAAGUACAAAGUAUAGAGGCAAGAGAAAGGAGAGAAUGAGAAGGAAACUACUAAGUUGGGUAUUGGAACAUUAAGUAUGGUCCAAGCAUGUCAGAGGGCAAGGAAGGAAAUUCCAAGUAGAGGAAGCAGCAUGUCCAGAGGCAAAUGCGUAUGAGACAGCGUUACAAGCUCAAAACAGCAUUGCCAGUAGUUUAGAGUUACUGGAACAUAAGGAUGGGAGGGAAUCUGAGAUGCAAAAAGUUAAUCCUGUAAUGUUGUAUGUACUUUAUUCAAUUGUAAAUGGGAAGAUGUUAGAGGAACUGUAAAUGUGGAAGAGGCCUGAUGAUGCUUUUGUUUUAGAGAGAUUGCCCUUGGAGGGUGUUGUGGAGGAUAGGCUGGUAGUGGAAAAAUUGCAGAGGCAAGGGAAUGAAAUAAGAAUCUACUAUUAUAGUUAACUUUUAUUGUUUUUUUAAGUUUAUUUAUUUAUUUUAAGAGAGAUAGCACAAACAGAUGAGGCGUAGAGAGAAGGAGAGACAGAAUCCCAAGCCAGCUCUGUGCCAUAAGCACAGAGCCCAAUGCAGGGCUCGAACUCACGAGGUAUCAAAAGUUUGACGCUUAACCAACUGAACCACCCAGGCGCCUUAAGAAUCUAUUAUAAUAGUUUAGAAAGAAAUGAUAACUAGAGGUUUGGUAUCAAGAAUGGAGGUAGAGGCUAGACUGAGUCAAGGUAUUUUGACACAGAGUUGAUGGGACUUGGUGAUCUCAUUCGAUGUUCUCGGAGAGGAGGGUGACUUCUGGGUUCUUGGCUUUAGUUGUUGGUCGAUGGGUGGUGCCAUUGACUGGGAGAGAAUACCAUGGUUUUAUACAGAGGGAAAAAUAUAAUUUUGAUUUAUUUAUAUUAAUCUUUACAUCUGUGGUAGUAUUUAAUUUACCAGUUUUGGAGAGUACUUUAUGAACAAACCUACCAGAGAUUCUUGGCUAAUGUAAUAAGGUAUCAGCAUAGAUUUGGGUGACUUUUUAUUGGAUAAAACUAGUUCAGAUUAAUUAUUAUAUGUAUUAUUCUCUAGGCCUUCUCCCUUAUACUUGCCCAAGUGAAAGGCUAAUUAUACAACAUUCAUUCACUUGGCUUGUGAGCUCUUUCUCAAUUUAUCUCCCUCUGUUUGUAUUGUUACCCCAUGUUGUCUUCUAUGUCAUUUAUGAAAAUACUAGGAACUGUCCCUAGCAUUAUGUUAUGGGGGACACAUUUGGAGAUACCUAUUUUCUUCUUUACUUUAUUUUUUUUAUUCAUUUUUUUUUUUUUUUACCAGUUCUUCAUAUGUGGUACAGAAUUAUUCUAGAUUCUAUAUUUUAAAAAUUCUGAGGGUGCCUGAUUCAGUUGGUAGAGCAUGUGACUUUUGAUCUCUGGAUUGUGAGUUUGAGCUCCACAUUGGGUGUAGAGUUUAAUUAAAAAAAAAAAAAAAAGGGCAUUGUAAAAAUUCCGUACAAAGCCUUACUAAAUGUUUUUAUAAUUCUAAAUAAAUAAAUUAUACUUCUUUUCUCCUUUUAUGGAAUCCAUGUGGCCAUUAUAAUAGCCCAUUCAGGAAAGCCUCUCUUGAUACUUGUGCCAUCUUUUUUUUUCUUUAAGUGUAUUUAUUUUGAGAGAGAGAACCAGUGAGGGAGGACCAGAGGGAGGGUGGGACAGAAGAUCUGAAAUAGGCUCUAUGCUGACAACAGAGAGCCCGAUGCCAGGUUCCAACUCACAAACUGCAGGAUGAUGACCUGAGCCGAAGUCAAGGCACUCAACCGACUAUGCCACCCAGGUGCCCCAUACUUGUGCCAACUUUGUACCAGCUGUGAGCCAAAGAACUCCACUGGGUAAAAGUAGAAUAGGAAUUUCUAAGCCAUGGUCACGUGUGUGUGAUGGUUUUAGGUGUGGGGAGAUAGCACAUCUCUAUGCCUCUCAGCCUUCCCCGCUGUAAGAACAGCCUUCUCUCAUUUUUCAUAGGUUGAGAGUUUUCUAAUUACCUAGCUAUAUUUCCUUAAUUUGAUGAAAGACUUAGUUUUAAGACCCAUCUGAAAACAACUAUUGGCUAAAAUUUCUCAAUCUUGUUCUAUUAUAAUCAUUUGAAUGAUUAUGUGUACCUGCCUAUAUUAAUAAAAUUCAUUGGCUUCUGCUAAAGCUCUAAUGGGAGUAGAAUGGCAAGCUGACACAUGUCUGUUUGAAUCAAAAUAUGUCUGUUCAUUUCACAAGCAUCUGAUAGGUUCAUUGCCACGGGAUUUUAAACCAGAAACACUGGCUUAGCUGUGAAAUAGUCUCUAUUCAGUUUCCGAAAAGAAGAAGUUCCUUUGGGUGUAUAAUGCUUUUUUAUAUGCUAUUAAAUUCUAAAAAUAGUUUAUUGGCUAGUUGUACUCUAGAAUUGUAAUUAAAUAUAGGGAUAAUACAAAGGACUUGAGAAAAGUUCAAAUAGGAUUUUCCCAUGGGUAAAAUUUUGUUUACCUUUUUCCAUACUGAUCAGUCUUUUGAAUAUAAUAGUGAUGACUUCUUUAUUAGUGUUCUUGCUUUCUUCCCUCUACUUUGAUAGAAUCAAUAUUUUUAAGAGGAUUUCCCCCCGCCCAGUGAUAAAAGUUACAAAUGCUGGUGGUGAAAAAUACAAGAAGGUCACUCAUAAUCCCUGACUUAACCAGCAUCACCAUUUUAGCAUAUCUUCCAAUUUUUUCCCAUGCAUAAAAGUAUUUUUAUGUAGCUGAGAUUAUGCUUGAUACAAUUUUAUAUAUCUUGCUUUCAAAAUUUAUUAUGAUCAUUUCCAUGUCACUAAACUUUUGUGAAAGUUACGCUGUGACCUUCUAUAGUUCAUUUGCUCAUUUUUCUGUUAUUGGGCACUAGGUUAUAUUUGCUUUUGGGGGCAUUAAAGAUAACACAGUGAACUUAAUUAUAUAUUUGUUUUUCUGUGUUUCUAGUAUAUUCUUAUCAUUCCUAGAAGUGAAGUAGUUAAGGUUAUGAACAUUAAAAACUUAUGGAAAAAUUUAAACAUGCAUGGAGUAAAGAAUAGUGUAAUAAAUAAUAAAUUCCUGUAUAUUUAUCACCAACUGCAAAAAUCAUUGACAUGAGGAACUCUUCUUUCACCCCAGUCCUCCCCUCCCUCUCAAUUAUUUUGAACUAAAUCCCAAAUAGGUUCGUUUACUUCAUCUUUAUAUAUUUAAGUUCUACGUAUCUAAGUGUUGUUUUUUUUUUUUUUUUAAGUUUAUUACCUUGAGAGAGAGGGCCUGUGUGUGCAAGUGGGGGAGGGGCAAAAAGAGGGAGAGAGAACUGUGAGAUCUCAUGAACCGUGAGAUCAUGCCCUGAGCCGAAAUUUCACAGUUGGACACUUAACCGACUCAGCCACCCAGGUGCCCCUAUAUCUAAGUUUUUAGUAAGUAAAUAGUAAAAGUAAAAUUUACUGUUUGUGAAGUAUAAUGCAUAUACAGAAAAGAGCAUAAAAUGUAAAUUUAUUAUAGUUCAGUGAAUGAUCACAAAAUGAAUACCCUGGUAACUACCACUUGGUCGAGAUUUGGAAUUACCACCACCUCAGAAGCUUUCUCAUGCUCCUCCCAGUCACUGGUUUGUUUUUCUUCACUAGUGGAGACUGCUGGCUCUAUAAUUUAGUUUUACUUCAUUUUGAGCUUUUAAGAAAUGGAAUAAUACAGUGUGUAUUCUUUUGUGUCUGGCUUGUUUUGCCCAAGAUUGUGAGAUUCAUCCAUGUUUCUCUGUAAUACACAAAGACUUCAAAAGCAUAGCCACAUUGCCAGUAUCUUAGUAAAACAAUGAACAGUUUUUUUCUUUCUUCCUUUUCUUUCUCUUUCUUUCUUUCUUUCUUUCUUUCUUUCUUUCUUUCUUUCUUUCUUUCUUUCAGAUUUUAGUUUUAAGUAAUUUAUACAUCCAUUGUGGGGCUUGAACUCACCACUCCAAGACCAAGAGCUGUAUGCUCUACCUACUGAGCCAGGUAGAUGCCUCUGAAAAAUUUCUUUUAACGUUUUUUUUUUUGUUGUUGUUUUGUUUUUUAUUUUAUUUUUGAGACAGGGAGAGACAAAGCAUGAACGGGGGAGGGUCAGAGAGAGGGAGACACAGAAUCUGAAACAGGCUCCAGGCUCUGAGCUGUCAGCACAGCCUGACGCGGGGCUCGAACUCACGGACCGCGAGAUCAUGACCUGAGCCGAAGUCGGCCGCCCAACCGACUGAGCCACCCAGGCGCCCCUGAAAAAUUUCUUAAUAUCUUUAUUGUUCAAAUUUCCCUAAUCAUCUGACUUUUUUUAAUGGUUGGCUGUCUCAUUUUUCUUUCUUUCUUUUUUUUAAAAUUUUUUUAACAUUUAUUUAUUUUUGAGACACAGAAAGAGACAGAGCAUGAGCAGGGGAGGGACAGAGAGAGACAGGGAGACACAGAAUCUGAAACAGGUUCCAUGCUCUGAGCUGUCAGCACAGAGCCCGAAGCAGGGCUUGAACCCACAAACUGUUGAGAUCGUGACCUAAGUUGAAGUCAGAUGCUCAACCAACUGAGCCACCCAGGCGCCCUAUCUCAUUUUUCAAACAAGGCUAUCCACAUGUUUUGUAUGGUUGCUCUGUGUCUGAAGUCUCUCAAUCUGUUGGUCACUUCUCCCCUUUUUUCUUUUUCUUUUCUUGUGGAAAUAUUUGGUCACUUGUCUUCUAGAAUUUCCCACCUUCUGGAUUUUGCUGAUAGGUUAUCUGUGGCGUCAUUUAAAAUGUUUUAAAUUUAUUUUUAUGUUUUUUAAUGUUUAUUUUGAAAGAGGGAGAGAGUGAGCUUGCGCACAUGAGCAGGGGAGGGGUAGAGAGAGAGAGGGAAAGAGAGAAUCCCAAUCAGGCCCCACACUCAGUGUGGAGCCCAGUGUGGGGCUUGAUGUCAGGACUGUGAGAUCACGACCUGAGCCAAUAGGCUCUUAACCGAAUGAGCCACUGAGGCGCCCCUUGAUGGACAUUUACAUUGUUUUCCAUUUGGGGCUAUUGUGAAUAAGGUUGUGGUAAAUAUUUUUAUAUAGGUUGAUGCAGACUUGUUUUUACAUACAAAGGAGAAAUUGCUAGGCCGUGUGAUAAAUAUAUGUGUAACUUUAGAGAUUGCUAAGCUCUUGAAAUGCUAUUCCAUUUUAUACCUCCCCCCACACAAUGAUAUUUGAGAUUCCAUUUUAUACCUCCUGCCCAAAAUGAUGUAUGGGAUUCCAUUUUAUACCUCCCCUCCCCCCCCCCACAAUGAUACAUGAGAUCUGCUGUUGCUCCAUAUUCCUGCCAGCGUUUUGUUUUUGAUAUUGGCCAUUCUAAUGAGUACAAAGUAAUAUCUUACUACUUUAAUUCGUAUUUCUCUGAUGACUAAUGAUGUUGAAUGUUUUUCCAUGUGCUUAUUGGCCAUUUGUGUAUCUUCUUUGAUAAAAUGUCUGUUCAGAUCUUUUGCCCCCCACCCCCUUUUUAUUGGUUCGUCUUUUCAUUUUUGAUUUGUAGGUUCUUUAUAUAUUUGGAUACAAAUUCUUUGUUAGACGUAUGUGCUACAAAUACCUUUUCCAGUCUGUGACUUGUCAUUUUAUUAUUAUUAUUUUUAAGGUUAUUUAUUUAUUUUGAGAGAAAGGAAGAGACAGUGCAGGGGAGGGGCAUAAAGAGGGAGAAAGAGAGAAUCCCAAGCAGGCUCUGCACUGUCAGCACAGAGCCCAAAGCAAGGCUCCAACCCAUGAACUGUGAGAUCAUGACCUGAGCCGAAGUCAGAUACUUAACCAACUGAGCCACCCAGGUGCCCCAGAUUGUAACAUAUUUUAAAGUGAGGGUUAUAAAAUUUUAUUUUUCAUUCCCCAUAUACCUAGGAAGAGUUAAAAAUUAUUGAGUUUGUCUUUGAAUAGCAGACAUUGAUUCACAUCUUUCAUUUGUGGAAAAUAAUAGAUAGGUUUUUAAAAAGUAACUUGAAGAAUUUACAACUGUUCUGUGGUUAGAUUAAAAAACACUUUUUUUUUUUUUAAACUUACUUUUAAGAGAGAGAGGUGGAGGGGGGAGGAGCAGAGGAUCCAAAGUGGGCUCUGCACUAACAGUAGAGAGCCUAAUGUAGGUCUUAACUCAUGAAAUGUGAGAUCAUAGCCUGAGCUGAAGUCGGAUGCUUAACCAACUGAGCCACCCAGGUGCCCCUUGUUUUUAUAAUGUUUAUUUAUUUAUUUUGAGAGAGAGAGAGUGCACACGUGAGUCGAGGAGCAGAGAAGGAGGGAGACAGAGAAUCCCAAGCAGGCUCUGGCAUGUCAGUGCAGAACCUGAUGCAGGGGUCAAUCUCAGAUCUCACGGUUCAUGAGAUUGUGACCUGAGCCAAAAUCAAGAGUUGGACGUUCAACCAGCUGAGCCACCCAGAUGCCUCAUGAAGUGAUAUUUUAAUUUUUUGUUAAAAUAUUUAAAAACUGGGGCGCCUGGGUGGCUCAGUCGGUUGAGCAUCCGACUUCAGCUCAGGUCAUGAUUUCACCAGUUGUGAGUUCGAGCCCUGCAUCGGGCUCUGUGCUGGCAGCUCAGAGCCUGGAGCCUGCUUCAGAUUCAGAUUCUGUGUCUCUCUCUCUGCCCCUCCCCUGCUCGUGCUCUCUCUGUCUCUCAAUAAUAAAUGCUAAAAAAUUUUAAAAAAUAUAUUUAAAAACUAUUUCAUUAUUGGUUAUAAAUAUAUGAGGAAAUGAAAAACUAGCAAAACUAAUAUUUAUUUGGUACACUAAUUUAAAGCAUUAGAAACAUUGAAUGUUAAAGUGUUUUAUUUUGGGGGGCACCUCGCUGGCUUAGGAGCGUGUACCUCUUGAUCUUGCAGUUGUGAGUAUGGGCCCCAUUUUGGAUGUAGAGAUUACUUAAAAAAUAAAAUAUUAAAAGAAAUUUUUUUAAUGUUUGUUUUUGAGAGAGAGAGAGAGAGAGACAGCACGAGUGGGGGAGGGGCAGAGAGAGAGGGACGCACAGAAUCCGAAGCAAGCUCCAGGCUCUGAGCUGACAGCACAGAGCCUGAUGUGGGGCUUGAACUAACGAACCAUGAGAUCAUGACCUGAGCCAAAGCCAGACACUUAACUAACUGAAUCACCCAGACGCCCCCAAAAAUAAAAUCUUUAAAAAAAGAAAAAGUUUUUAUUUCUUUGUUUAAAAACGUAUUGAGUAGUUUAAAUAGUGCUUGCCUGCUUCUUGUCAUAUAACUUACAAUAUGGAGCAAAUAUCUUUUGGGUGUUGUGGCUUCCAUCCUUUGUACUUUCAGGGUCAUGUAAUAUCUUUGAGAGUUCCUUUAAGAACCCUUCCUCUGGGACAUCUUCAUCCUUGUUGUCAUAAUCGCUUUCCUUAUUUAUGUUGAAAAGUUUGCCUGUACUAAUUUUCUCUGAUGUGUGUAACUCCCAUUUAUUUUCUUUCCAGGUUUUACUUCUAGCAUUAUCACUUUUCGUUUCUUUGCUUCAUUUUCGUCUUGUUGGCCAGCUCCCUCUCUUGAUUGUCCAUUUUGUAAAUGGGUUUAUCACUGGUAGAGUAGGAGGCAAUACAACUAUAUACUUUGCUGUUUGUGUGUGAACUGAAUAACGUGUCCAAUGACUCAUCACUAACAGACUUUGAAAGAAGUGAUGUGAUUGGUUACUGAUUGUGAUGUACAUCUGUUGUUUACAUGGUGAAUUGUGGACUAAGGAACUCGCAGUAAAGUUUAUAUUUUAUGCAACAACUCAGAGUUCAUAUACCAUGGUAAUUAAAAUUUGAAGUAUGUUGUUGGGGGACUGAUGUUAUUUAAUUAACUAAACUGUGGUAACUGAAAUUUGUGCAUAUUGGGAGUAUGCAAAACAAGUACUACCUGUGUAAAGAGCGUGUACGAAUGAAUACAAAUUUUUCUAAUGUUAGAUUAACUCCUUGCAGGCAGAUUUAUGUUAAUUGUAUUUGUUGUUACUGAAUUGUAGCUAUGGUUUACAGGGAGGAUCAGAUGAUGAGACUGGAUGUAUGUAAAAGUCCUUUGUUAACCACAACACAUAGAGAACAAAUGUGUGUUAUGGUAGGGCAACCAACAUAUACUGAAUAGUUCUAAUAUACCAGGCAGUAUUUUAGAUAUUUUACAUGUAUUAGAUACGUUAUUUGAUUAUUGUAGCAACCUCUGAAGUUUGGUGGCGUUUUAUACUAUCUCAUUUUAUAGAUGAAGAAACUGAGGUACAGAGCUAAUGUAAGUUUAGUAAUUAGCAUCAGAUCCAGGGUUCAAAGUUAGAUAUCUCUGGCUCCAAAUCCAUAUGUAUUUUACAACUCCCAUUUUUCAUGGUGGUUGUUGGGGAUCCUCCCAGAGGCCAUUUGAUAGUGACUAAAUUGAGAGUAAAACAUGAGGAAAGGAGCAUUUUAGCUAUAUUUUAUUUUGUUUGUGGGGCUUUAGGUGAUGAAAUUCAAGUUAAGUAUUUUGGCAAAAAUACUGUACCACUGUGUAUAUAUAUUGCAUUAUAUCAUGAGACGCCGUGUCAGGUUACCUCACUCCUGAUGAUGCUAGGUUUGACUCUGUUACAGUUAUGAUUGUCAGGUCUUUCCUGUAAAAAUGUAUUUUUUCCUUUGUAAUUGGAAAGUAAUUUGUGGUGUGGUACCUUGAGGUUCUUCAACAAUUUCACUGAUCAUCUAUUUAUUUUUAUUUUAUUUUAUUUUUAUUUUAUUUAUUUUUUAUUUUAUAUUUUUUUUACCAAUCAUAAAUUUAUUGUCUUUUCUCAGAUAUACUUUUAUCUUUACAGGUAACCAAAAAAAAUAUUUUUUAAAGAUUUUAUUUUUAAAUAAACUCUGCACCCAAAUAGGGCUCGAAUUCAUAACCCUGAGAUAAAGAGUUGCAUGCUCCACCAACUGAGCCAGGCAGGCACUCCAAAAAUUAUUAAAAAUUUAAAAAAUUAAAUAACGUAUUUUUUAUUGUAGGAAAGAAUUAGAUGAGCUCGGGAGAAAAGAUCCGAAGCACCAUUGAACUUCUUUUUAUUUUUUUUUUAUAACUUUGUAAUUCCUAAAUUAUUUUGGAAUCAUGUGUUCUAUGAAGUAUGUCAAAGGCACUGUUACUGUAUUUUAAUUGUUAACACACAAAUGCACAUUUGACCUGCUAAACUUUUGGAGUUUUCUUCUUAUUAAAAAAAUUUUUUUUAAAUGUUUAUUAUUUUUGAGAGAGAGCGCAUGAGUCGGGGAGGGGCAGAGAGAGACGGAGACACAGAAUCUGAAGCAGGCUCCAGUCUGAGCUGUCAGCACAGAGCCUGACAUGGGGCUCAGACUCCCGAACCGCAAGAUCAUGACCUGAGCCAAAGUCAGACCCUCAACCGACUAAGCCACCCAGGUGCCCUGGCUUUCUUUUUAAAUUUUUAUCAGUAAGCAAAAUAUAGCACUCAGUUGCAGAAACUCACGAGAAGGUAGAAUUUGAGCUCUGCUCGGUUGGUCUAGAUGUAGUGGCAAAGAAAAAAGAGUUCUACUUAUGGUUACUGGGUGGAUUGUGGUGACAGGAAUUCAGGAAUCAGGAUUAAGUAAUGGCUUCUCUGGAAACGGUGAGUCUUGAAUUGGUGAGGGAAGAGAGCCAAAGAAAUAAUAAUCUUAGAAAGGAAGACCGGAAAAGCACAAUAUAGAACUUAGUUGUCUUGACAUCGGACUGAAUUUCCUGAGACCCAGUGAGAAGGUAUCUUAAUGUUGGGGGCAAGAUGAAAGAGGGUGCGGUUGUCCCAACAUGGUGGGGGAGGAAAGCUAUAAUUGUUAGCUUUUAAGUUUUGAUGUUCUUUGUAAAGUAAGCCAUGAGGUCAUCAUUUGUAAGGAAAGAUGAUAGAAUGGGGAAUAGAGUUUGGGAAAGGAACUUGAAACAGCAUGUGUAGUAUGAACUGAUGCUACUAAAUACAAAAUGAGCAGUACCAAAACUGGAAGGAAAGUAACCAUUUACAUUUAUUUAUUUAUUUAUUUACUUACUCAUUUGCUAUAGAAAGCUCUUCAGUUUAUUAUUGGUUACAAACUAUAAUGCCAUGUUUUCCCUAUCACUUUAGUGGGUUUUAUCUAUUUAUUCCUUAAUCGGAGGAUAAGUGUUUUAUAAAAGUUCUCAAAGGUACUAGCUUUCUGGUCUCAUUUGGGAUCAUGUUAAUGAUUGAAACUCCUUGAUAACCUGGCUGAGGUCUAAAGUUAAUUUGUGGCACUAACAGUAAAGAUUUCCUGAGCCAGGUAAAAACAGCCAGAAACGCAAUGCAAGAUGGAAGUUGAAACAGAACUAAAAUUUAUGAAAGUGUCUGCCAUGUGAGUCUACAGUAUGUAAUCAACUUAAAAACAAUGCUAUUAUGAAAGAUUUGGUGUAUGAGAGUAGAAAUAAGCCUUGUGUGUAUUUCAUCCAGGCUUAACCAUAUCUCUUGUGCCAUCUUAGGAAAGGUCAGGUUAAAAAGAUAGGCCUUUCCCUGGAUUUCAGGAGUCAUUGAACCUAGCUAAAACUUAUUAAAGUAAGAAGGAAAGAGAAUUUCAGGGAUCAAGGGCUUACCCAGAGACUGAGUAAUUCCAUUACAUUAGACAUUCUUAUAGUAAGACUUCUGGCUGAAAUAGUGGUGAUGUAAAUCGACUUGAUACAUACAUUUUGAUUGAUUAAUGUAGAGUCUUUACUAGAUCAUAAUACUUGGUGUAAGUACUUGUUGCUGUCACUGUCAUUAAAGAAAAUGAUGGGGUAUUUUGGUAGGUGAACUCAAAUCAUAGAUUUUUUUUCCCUUUAUUAGAAACAAAUAAUCCAUGCCAUAAAGUGCAAUCCGCUGAAAUUGUCUAUUGUACUUCACCUAGAAUAAACCAAAAGAGCUGAGGUAUGGCCCUGUGGUAGGUACCUAACUCAGUACUACAGUUCUACUUAAAUCUCUUAAAACUUUCAAUAGGUUCAGGAUGCCACAGCCCUAUUCAGCUUUUCAAAAAGCCAUUCAAACACGGAUGUUCCUACUGCUUCCUUUAUUGAGGCAGACAGGUAAAUAAGAGAUUUUCUUUUGGAGCUCUUUAAGGGCAAAAGCUAAAAAGUGUUUUCUCUUUAUUCCUGAAUUAACUCAAUAUUCCUUUAGCAGGACUAUAUAUAACCAGUGUGUUAAGUUCCCUAUGGUAUGCUUUAGUGUCGUUUUGGAGUUCCUUCUGGGUCCCAACAUUUGUGUGACCUUAAACAGGAUACUUCUUAACCUCUCUGAGUCUCAGUUUACUCAUUUCUAAAUGGGGGUGGGGGGGCAAUAAUGAUACCUUUUUACGGUUGUUUGAGGAUUUAAUGGGAUAACGACUGUAGACUGCUUUGUGAACAAUGAACUUUUAAUAAAUGGUAUACAUUAUAAUUUUUAAAACUAAGUUAUAUAAUGAACUAGUUCUACAUAUUUCAAAUCUGACUGGUUUUUAAUUAUGCAAAUAAAAUAUGAAUGCAUUAUUGCAUAAAAUUAAAGUUGUACAGAUAAGGUUUUUUUUAAUGUUUAUUUUUGAGAAAGAGAGAGUGUGCGUGCGUGCGUGCUCGAGCGGGGGAGGGGCACAGAGAGAGGGAGACACAGAAUCCUAAGCGGGCUCCAGGAUCUGAGCGGUCAGCACAGAACCUGAUGCAGGGCUCGAACUCACAAACCGUGAGAUCAUGACCUGAGCGAAAGUCGGAUACUUAACUGACAGAGGCCCGAGUUUUACAGAGAAGGUUAAAGAGGCCCUUAACUCUCUAGCCCCAAUCCCUUCCCUGGAAGUAACUAUUUUAUCACUUCAUGUAUCCUCCCAUGUCUUUUUCUUUACACACAGUUUCUACUUCAUAGGUCAAGAAUUAAAAAGAUAGUGAUUUAGUAAUUUUGAAAAUAUUUACAAUUUCUGGUUAUUAGAAUAUGUAUUUUUAUAGACUCAGUAACAAAAUGAUAGCAAAAUUCAACAAUUUGUUACAUAGUGUCUGAUCUUGAGCCAAAUUGUAGAAUUCUUUAUAACCCUGGAAAGGUUUAGUCAAGGGGAAGAAGCCAGAAGAAAUAAACAUAGCUUAAGCCAUUUAGCUCAAAAAUAUACAUUUGCUUUUCCAGCCAAUAAAUAUAGGUCAGAACUUAGGAAAUUUACUGUCUUUCAGCUUAUCUUAAAUUCCACAACUAUGAGUCAAAGAUACUGUUUGUUAGUCUGACAAGUAAAAAAGUUUUCCUUUUCUCAAAAAUGGGAAAAUGUUGCCACUUUCUUUGGGGGCAAGGAAAGCGUUUGGGGGAGGAUAAUAGGAAAGUGUAAUUGAAGCUAUUCUUUUCAUAUCACUGAUCCUCAAGUAUACUUAAAUUAUUUUUGUAGUGACCUGUGGCAUUUUUGUUAGCAGUACGUACACCUUGGGAAGUAGAUUCCAGCCCGCUUAGGGAAGGAGAUUGAUCUUGAAGUGAUGUUACUCGUUCUCCUAAAGCCACUUGUUUGGACAGAAUUUUCUUUUUAAGUAAGGGAAGGUCAAGAGGAAGAGGCUGUAGUUAAUUUGGGAGCAGGGAUCUAAGAGUUGGAGAAUACGGAUUUGACAUGAUCUCUCUUCUGUGGAGAAUUAGAGGUAAGUUGGACAGAAUUAUGUGGAGAGGGGUUAGUGGACGAAGGAAAAUACCAAUUUAGAGUGGUGUUAUUUCUAAUCACUUUGGGAGAGUGAUGGUGGAGAGUGGAGCAAAAGACUCAGCUCCUCUUCUUUCACUCUCAUCUUAGACUGAACCUGGCAAUGAAGGUCAAAGAAAAGAACUCCCAUCCCGGUAUGUGUGUGACGUGGUGUAGUAAAGUUCCUUUUGCCCAGAAUAGAGAUGUGAUAACUUUUUUUGUUUGUAGGGUGUCAUGCGGGAUACCAGAGUAGGGACUGAAGUUAGUUUGAAAGUUAUACCUUGAUAAAUAGUUGUUGUUUACCUGAUUAUCAUAUGAAAAUAUAGAACAUUUCCAGCCUAUGUUGCCUUGGGAGAUUCAUAUACAUAUAUUAAUCACUUUAUUGGUAGCUCAUUUUCCAAGCUUUGCUUUUGUUGCUUUUUCCAAGAGUUAGAUCGUCCUGUCCAGUGUAGUAAGCCACUAGUUACAUGUGGCUGUUGAGCAUAUGAAAUGUGACUCAUCUAAAUUGAGACGAGAGUAUAAAAUACACACUGAAUUUUGAAGACUUAGUAUGGGAAAAGAAUGUAAAUUAUCCCUGUAAUUUUUUCAUAAUGAUAACAUAUUGAAAUGCUAUUAUGUAUUACAUAUGAAUAGAUUGAAUGGUUUAAAUAAAACAUAUUAAAAUUAAUAUCACCUUUGGGCUGCCUGGGUGGCUCAGUUGGUUAAGCAUCCAACUUCAGCUCAGGUCAUGACCUCACAGUUUGUGAGUUUGAGCCCCGCUUUGGGCUCUGUGCUGACAGCUCAGUGCCUGGAGCCUGCUUCCGAUUCUGUCCCCUCUCUUUCUGCCCCUCCCCUGCUCAUACUCUGUCUCUCUCUCUCUCUCUCAAAAAUAAAUAAAGCAUUAAAAAAACAUUACAAAUUAAUAUCACCUUUAAAAAAUACAGCUACUUGGGGCGCCUGGGUGGCUUGGUCGGUUAAGCGUCCGACUUCGGUUCGGGUCAUGAUCUCAACGGUCCGUGAGUUCGAGCCCCGCAUCGGGCUCUGUGCUGACAGCUCAGAGCCUGGAGCCUGUUUCGGAUUCUGUGUCUCCCUCUCUCUCUGCCCCUCCCCUGUUCAUGCUCUGUCUCAAAAAUAAAUAAACGUUAAAAAAAAAAAAUUUUUUUUUUAAUGCAGCUACUAGAAAAAAUUGUACAUGUAGCUGACAUUAUGUUUCUUUUGGGCUCUGCUGGUCUACAACAACCUGCAUUAGGGAUAAGUAAUUUUUUUCUUGCUGUAAAAUUUCAUAUGGGUGGUUCUAGAGAUGUUAUGUGAUUUUAGUUCCAUAAAAAUGCUUCAGGGGUCAUUUAACUUGUAUAGUCAGAUAUUUUUCCCCUUUGGGGGAAAUUUUUUUUUUUUUCAAGUUUUUAUUUAAAUUCCAGUUAGUAGUUAACAUACAGUGUAGGGGUGCCUGGGUGGCUUAGUUUGUUGAGUGUCCAACUCUAUCUGACUCUUGAUUUUGGCUCAGGUCAUGAUCUCAGGGUCAUGGGAUUGAGACCCGCGUCAGACUCUGCACUGAACAUGGAGCCUGCUUAAGAUUCUCUCCCUCUGCCCCUCUCCCCACCUCCCCCAGGGUGCUCUCUUUCUAAAAUAAAUAACACCAAACAUACAGUGUAAUACUGGUUUUAGGAGUAGAAGUUAGUGAUUCAACACUUACAUACAACAACACCUGGUAGUCAUCACAAGUGCCCUUCUUAAUACUCAUCGUUCAUUUAACCCAUGCCUCUGCCUAGGAGGAGAAUUUAAAUUUAGUUUUAUCUAAAUCAGUGGGAAUAUAGGCUUACAGUGUCAAAUUGUGUGUGUUUUGUGUUAUGUGCAUGCACGUAUGUGUUAUUUUCCAGGAAUUCCUAUUCUAGUGAUCAUGGUGCAUCUUAUACCCAUGGGCCUUAUACCCAUCACAAGGCCCGGGUCCUACCAGUCUUCCUACCUGAUUAAGCCUGUCCUUGGAAGAGUGAUGCUUUUCGGUCCCAGAAAAGAAUCCUGGAACCAGCGUGGUACCAUGCGACGACGCUAUGAAGAUGAUGGCAUUUCAGAUGAUGAAAUUGAAGGGAAAAGAACUUUUGACUUGGAAGAGAAACUCCACACCAACAAAUAUAAUGCAAAUUUUGUUACUUUUAUGGAAGGAAAAGAUUUUAAUGUAGAGUAUAUUCAGCGGGGUGGCUUAAGAGACCCUCUGAUUUUCAAGAAUUCGGAUGGACUUGGAAUAAAGAUGCCAGAUCCAGACUUCACUGUGAAUGAUGUCAAAAUGUGUGUGGGGAGUCGUCGCAUGGUGGAUGUCAUGGACGUGAACACACAGAAAGGCAUUGAAAUGACCAUGGCUCAGUGGACACGCUACUAUGAGACCCCAGAGGAGGAGCGAGAAAAACUCUAUAAUGUCAUCAGCCUAGAGUUCAGCCACACCAGGCUGGAGAAUAUGGUGCAGAGGCCCUCCACGGUGGAUUUCAUUGACUGGGUAGACAACAUGUGGCCGAGGCAUUUGAAGGAAAGUCAGACUGAAUCAACAAAUGCCAUCUUGGAGAUGCAGUACCCCAAAGUGCAGAAGUACUGUCUGAUGAGUGUUCGAGGCUGCUAUACUGACUUCCAUGUGGACUUUGGUGGUACCUCUGUUUGGUAUCACAUCCAUCAAGGGGGAAAGGUCUUCUGGCUCAUCCCCCCUACAGCCCACAACCUGGAGCUGUACGAGAAUUGGCUGCUGUCAGGGAAACAGGGAGACAUCUUUCUGGGUGACCGGGUAUCAGAUUGUCAGCGCAUUGAGCUCAAGCAGGGCUAUACCUUCGUCAUUCCCUCAGGCUGGAUUCAUGCUGUGUAUACUCCUACAGACACAUUAGUCUUUGGAGGCAAUUUUUUGCAUAGUUUCAAUAUCCCCAUGCAAUUAAAAAUAUACAACAUUGAAGAUCGGACACGGGUUCCAAAUAAGUUCCGCUAUCCAUUCUACUAUGAGAUGUGUUGGUACGUGUUGGAGCGCUACGUGUACUGCAUAACCAACCGCUCCCACCUAACUAAGGAAUUUCAAAAAGAGUCCCUCAGUAUGGAUUUGGAGUUAAAUGGGUUGGAAUCUGGAAAUGGGGAUGAGGAAGCAGUGGAUCGAGAACCAAGGCGCCUGAGCAGUAGGCGCUCUGUCCUCACUAGCCCCGUAGCCAACGGGGUCAACCUGGACUAUGACGGACUGGGCAAAACCUGCCGAAGUCUUCCAAGUCUGAAGAAAAGUUUGUCGGGGGACUCAUCCUCUGACUCUAGCCGGGGCUCCCACAAUGGCCAAGUGUGGGAUCCCCAGUGUAGCCCCCGAAAGGACAGGCAGGUGCAUCUGACCCAUUUUGAGCUUGAAGGCCUUCGCUGUCUUGUAGAUAAGUUGGAGUCUCUGCCACUGCACAAGAAAUGCGUCCCCACAGGGAUAGAAGAUGAAGAUGCUCUUAUUGCCGACGUAAAGAUUUUGCUGGAGGAGCUUGCCAACAGCGAUCCCAAGUUAGCCCUCACUGGAGUCCCUAUAGUACAGUGGCCAAAAAGGGAUAAGCUUAAAUUCCCCACCCGGCCAAAGGUGCGGGUUCCUACCAUCCCCAUCACAAAGCCUCACACUAUGAAACCAGCUCCUCGGUUAACACCUGUGAGGCCGGCCGCUGCCUCCCCCAUAGUGUCAGGAGCCCGGCGGAGACGAGUGCGCUGUCGAAAAUGCAAAGCCUGUGUGCAAGGAGAGUGUGGUGUCUGCCACUACUGCAGGGACAUGAAGAAGUUCGGGGGGCCUGGUCGCAUGAAGCAGUCGUGUGUCCUUCGGCAGUGCUUGGCACCCAGACUGCCUCACUCAGUCACAUGUUCCCUCUGUGGAGAGGUGGAUCAAAAUGAGGAGACACAGGACUUCGAGAAGAAACUUAUGGAAUGCUGUAUCUGCAACGAGAUUGUUCAUCCUGGCUGCCUCCAGAUGGAUGGAGAGGGGUUGCUUAAUGAGGAAUUGCCAAAUUGCUGGGAGUGUCCAAAGUGCUACCAGGAGGACAACUCAGAGAAAGCCCAGAAGCGGAAAAUGGAAGAGAGCGAUGAAGAAUCCGUGCAAGCCAAAGUCCUGCGGCCCCUGCGGAGCUGCGACGAGCCCCUCACGCCCCCGCCUCACUCACCCACUUCUAUGCUACAGCUCAUCCAUGACCCGGUUUCCCCUCGGGGUAUGGUGACUCGGUCAUCCCCUGGGGCUGGCCCCAGCGACCACCACAGUGCCAGCCGGGAUGAGCGCUUCAAACGGCGGCAGUUGCUGCGGCUGCAGGCCACAGAGCGCACCAUGGUACGGGAAAAGGAGAACAAUCCCAGCGGCAAAAAGGAGCUGUCUGAAGUUGAGAAAGCCAAGAUCCGGGGAUCGUACCUCACUGUCACGCUACAGAGGCCCACCAAAGAGCUCCACGGGACAUCCAUUGUGCCCAAGCUGCAGGCCAUCACGGCCUCCUCUGCCAACCUUCGCCAUUCCCCCCGCGUGCUAGUACAGCACUGCCCAGCCCGAACCCCCCAGCGUGGGGAUGAGGAGGGGCUGGGGGGAGAGGAGGAGGAAGAGGAGGAGGAGGAGGAGGAAGAUGACAGUGCAGAGGAGGGGGGUGCAGCCAGGCUGAAUGGCCGGGGCAGUUGGGCUCAGGAUGGAGACGAAAGCUGGAUGCAGCGGGAGGUCUGGAUGUCUGUCUUCCGCUACCUCAGCCGCAGAGAACUUUGUGAAUGUAUGCGAGUGUGCAAGACGUGGUAUAAAUGGUGCUGCGACAAGAGACUUUGGACAAAAAUUGACUUGAGUAGGUGUAAGGCUAUUGUACCCCAGGCCCUCAGUGGCAUCAUCAAGAGGCAACCAGUUAGCCUGGACCUCAGUUGGACCAACAUCUCCAAAAAACAACUGACGUGGCUCGUCAAUAGACUGCCAGGACUGAAAGACCUCCUCCUAGCGGGCUGUUCCUGGUCUGCAGUCUCUGCCCUCAGCACCUCCAGCUGCCCCCUUCUCAGGACCCUUGAUCUUCGGUGGGCAGUGGGAAUCAAGGACCCUCAAAUUCGGGACUUGCUGACUCCACCGGCUGAUAAACCAGGUCAGGACAAUCGCAGCAAGCUCCGGAACAUGACUGACUUCCGGCUGGCAGGCCUUGACAUCACAGACGCCACACUUCGCCUCAUCAUUCGCCACAUGCCCCUCCUUUCUCGACUCGACCUCAGUCACUGCAGCCACCUGACAGAUCAGUCCUCCAAUCUGCUCACCGCUGUCGGGUCUUCCACUCGCUACUCCCUCACAGAGCUCAACAUGGCAGGUUGCAAUAAAUUGACAGACCAGACCCUGAUCUACCUACGGCGCAUCGCCAAUGUCACCUUGAUUGACCUUCGAGGAUGUAAGCAGAUCACUCGAAAAGCCUGCGAGCACUUCAUCUCAGACUUGUCCAUCAACAGUCUCUACUGCCUGUCUGACGAGAAGCUGAUACAGAAGAUCAGCUAAAACACACACAGCCCAGACUGAACAGGAAACCGAUCUUCCCCUGACUCCCCAGCCAGGAGAGCCUCUCUCCCCGACCCUGCACGGGCUCUGAGGCCAGCGUCACACUCCCUCUCUGCUCUCCUGUCCCUUGAGCCCUUUCCCUACAGGCUGGGCAGAGAGGGUGGUAGACACCAGGCUUACCUGCCUGCUCCUCUCCCUCCUAAGGAGAAAGGAGUAGCAAGCAAAUUGAUCCGAAUCCGAGGGGAAAGCACAGGCUCUGUGCUGUCAAGGUGCCUGCUCGCUUGCUCGCCUGCCCGCCCGCCCGCUCACUCACCGGCCAGGAGGCCAGGCUCUCAGUUUGGGGUGUCUGUGCAGCCGUCAUCUGUGCUGGGCCCUGGGGUCCUUCUCCCCAUCCGUGGUCCCCAGCCGUGCCUGGUUCUGAGCAAAUUUCCAGGGAAGAAAGCGGCCCUGUCUCCAUGGCCAGGUUCUCCUUGUGGUGUCCAGUGCGUGUCUCUCCUCUACCACACUCUCCCCGCGUAUGCAGGAGGGGCCGGCAGCAGCCCCGGGAAGGCUAGACCCGUGCCGAUCAUACUGGUGCUGUUGAGGUGUCUAAAACCUCUCAUCCGUGUCCACGCUCUCCCCCUCCCUGUAGCUUGAUCCUGUCCGAUGCUCGUGGUGGUUCACGUAAUGAGGUUACCCCACCCCAGACUUGCCCGCUAGUCUCUACGAGGUCCUUGUUGCACUUAUUGGGGUUGAAGCUCUUCAGAGGAGCCGGAACUGUGUACCCCAGGGACACCCCCAUUUUAUUGCUUCCUAGGCAGAUUCUGAGACAGGCACCAUCUCCUUGUUCCCCUCCCUCGUUAGCCUCCCACUGCCCUUUCCACAUGUUCCUCCUUCCUGCCUGGACAGGACUUUCCCAGGAUGCGUGUCCUCAGAGGGAGCAGCCGAUAUCCCCCGGCUGGGGAGAGCAGAGAGCUGGGCUCGGUCCCACCUGCCUCCCAGCAGGCUCUGGGUCUCCAGUGGGUGUAGCCCCCAGAGCCCAGGCCUGUGUUUAGCCCCAGUGGCUCACUGAUCUGGCACCUUGUGGGGGGGAGGGGGGUCCUGCUUUGAAGCCAGUCACCUGCCCUCUGCCUGCAGCCGUGGAAGGGGGUGUGCAUGUGCCUCUGUGUGUGUGGCUGAGUGUAUUACACGUGUGUGUGGAGGGAGGGAGGGAGGGGAGCAUGGUGUCUCCCACCCCACCGCCCUGUGUUGAGCCCCAUCAGCUGCCCCCUUUUACUUUGCAUUGAACGGCCUGUCCAAAGAUCCUCUCUCUAGGGCAGCAGAGAGCUUUUUGCACUUUAAAAAAAAAAAAAAGGAAAGAAAGGUCGGAAUUUCUUUUGGGUCAAUAUUUAAGUGUGUGAGGAGAUGCUCAAUAGCAGCAGCCUGUGGCAAGAGCUUAUAAAGGACGGAUGCGGAUUUGCACUCUGCUCCCCACCUGUGAGGAUAGCGAUAGCACAACCUUGCCCCGCCUUCUCGUCCUCCGGCCCCUCCCUUCCUGGCCCCUUUCCUGCAGCCCAGCCUCAGGCUCGCCUCCUCCCAAAACCCUCCGGGGGGAGGAAACCCUACAGGGGAGGGGGAGGGGACGGAGCCCAGGCCCCGGGGGUCUGAAACGUGAGCCACCUUGAGGAGAGACGCCAACUGCACACUCGCCACUUCCAAAGCAAUAGAGGCAGAGGGGCCCCCUCUUUGCCACCUAGCCCAGCUUUGACCCUGGCAUUGACUGGCCUCCUGAGAGAAAACUGGGUCCUGGUAAGGGGUGGCAUUGUGUCUGUUUCUUCCAAUCUGCUGAUUCUCUUGGCUGCUCCUUAAAAGCAGCAGUCUGCUCCCACGACCCUCUGCCCCUUCCAUCGGUCUCCAGGCCCCAGUAACCUGGGGCUGAAACUUUGAGGAAAUGCCAGUGACUUAUUCCAGAGUGCCUCAGUUAGGGGAACUUCUCUGUAAAGAACCCUGGGUAUUGAGCAAAAACCUUAUUAAUAUUAUUGUUAAUGACCUAUAAUUGGAAGCUUCCUGCCUUUUUUUGGUUGCUCCUGUGGAAAGUACUGAAAAGAUUGUUUUGUUUUGUUGUCUUUUUAUAAAAGGGGAGGUGGAGAGACCCCCUCAGAGCAGGGAUUGUGCCGGGAGAGUGCCUCUGACUUUGGGACAUUUCAUCCACAGAAAUUUCCAAGCUGAUGGUUUGGGUUUUUUGGGGUUUUGGUUUUAAUUUUGGUUUGUUUUUGGUUUGGAAAAACAAGCAUUUUUACCGUGCACGUAAAUUGGUCAGCAGGAAAGGGAGCCCAGGAGUGGCAGCAGUUGGACCUAUGCCCUUGCCGGGUUUCCUUUAUCUCUGGGACUGGAAGGGGGGAAACGGUUUUUAGAGGUGAGGGUUGGUCCGUGUGGAGGACAGAAAUGUCUCUGGGGACAGAGGAUCCCGGGAGUCCCAUCGCAUUUCCUGCAAUCUGCUCUGAGAUGUGGCCUUGCCAGGAGAGCCUGCCCUCCUCAGACCGCAGGGCCAGACACCCCGCCUCCAUCUUUCCGAGCACCGGGGCGAAAAACCACAAAGGAAAGGAAGAAAAUUUAUAUAUAUAUAAUAUAAAAUCACUUGGUGAUUAAAAAAAUAACUGCUCCAUAAAUAAAACUCCUAAAGUCA